GCUCUGCUGGUGAGCCUCGCGCAGAGCAGCCUUCUUAAGGAGUGUGUGACCGCUCCACGCGCAGAUGAUACAGGAGCGAGACUCGGGGAAUAAACAGAGAGCAUGUCCCACAAAAAGUCCUCCCUAACGCCGGGUGAUGUGGAGAGCCUGCGGAGGAGGUCUGCGGCCGAGACGCCAGAGAACUCUGUCGAUUCUGAACAGCAUCACUGGGUGCCACGGCGAAAGGCUCAAAAUGAAAGGGUCCAGCAUCCAGAGCUGGGUGCAGCGGACCCUUCCCCGGAGUCUUCUGCACACCACUUCUGCCACUACACACCCAAGUGUUUCCUCACCGUCCACAGAGGAGGACAUGGCACCACCCGAUCUACUCCAUCUCGGUAUGGAGAAGAGGCUUGGCAUGAAGGCACCACAAAGACCACCAUCAGAGCUGAAAAUGAGGUGGAGGCACACAGGGAAGCCAACAACUACAAGUUUGGCUUCAGGAAGUGGAAGGGUCACGUGACAGAGAAGCCCAUUGAAGACCGAUCGGACAUCAUCAAAGCGCUGUACUCUGAGCUCAGUGUUGUAAAGCCUCAAGAAGGCUCAGUGAUCACCUUUGGCAACAUCCUUUAUGUAGUUUUAUUCGGAUGGUGGAUAUCAUUAAUCUACUGCCUCAUUUGCCCUGUAAUGUUCCUAACCAUCAUCGGGGCCCCUUAUGGCAAACUUUGUUUAAAGAUGGCGUUGUACUUUAUAUGGCCAUUUGGGAAGUCCAUAGAAAAGGCUGGUGAGGUGGUUAGGAGAUCCAUUGCGAAGCCUCCCAAGUGUGAGGUCAUCCCUGAGGAGAGCGACGGUGUGGGGAACAUGGACACUGCUCCUCUUCUGAUGUCUUCCCCAAUCCCUGUGGAGAUCCCGGUCCCAGAACCAGCGGAUAGAAAAACCUCCAAUCACUGGUGUCGCGUCAGCACUUAUGUUUGGCUGUUGCUAGGUUACCCUGUCCUGGCUGUGGUCCACUCCCUGGCCUGUGUGCUCUCCUGGCUGCUGGUAUUCACUGUACCUGUAGCCAAGAUGAACGCUCGCACAAUGACCAUCGUCCUCCUCAUGGCACCAGAGGACGUUCAUAUUCACAAACUGGAAAAGACCUCUGUGUGUGAGACCAAAGUCAUCUUAUGCUGUUAUCAAGCCUUCAAUGUGUAUUACUACAAAUACACCGUGCAAGGAAUCAACAUUUUUCCUCUCAACCUGCUUCCCAUGGUGUUCAUCACGGUCAUUAUUGGCUACACUGACCGUAAACACACAUUCUGCAGUGCAGAGACCAAGUUUAUCACCGCCAUCAUCUCCAUCAUUCCUCUCUCCUACUACAUUGGCAUGGGCAUAGCCAGCAUUUCUGCUCAGAGUAACUUCGCAGUAGGAGCGGUGGUGAAUGCCACGUUCGGCUCCAUCACAGAGAUGACCUUUUACAUCACAGCCCUGCUGCAGGGACACAAUGCUAAGACCAAAUGUUACGAAGAGAUUGUGAAAGCAGCGCUCACUGGGACCCUGCUCGGGUGCAUACUGUUCCUACCUGGUAUCUGUAUGAUCAUCGGGGGAAUCAAACACAGAGAGCAGAGAUUUAACAGCCGUUCAGCCGGAGUGAGCUCUGCUCUGCUGUUCAUAUCUGUAGGAGGUGUUUUUGCUCCCACCCUCUUCGCAAAGACUUUCGGGGAUCUGAUGUGUGAAAGCUGCACCACUGUUCUAGGCAAUGGCAGCAUCCCCUUCAUCUGCAGGGACUGUCACUAUGACACGAGUAACGCUGACCCACAAUUGAUCCUGUCCCAUAUUGAGCCCCUGGUGUACACCAUCUCAGUGCUGCUGCCUGCUGCGUACCUGAUCGGCCUCAUCUUUACUCUGAAAACCCACUCCCACAUCUAUGAUAUCCACAUCAGCGACGGUCACGGGGGCCAGGCACACGGUGCAGGACAUCAUGUAGUCCAUUGGUCCCGGACGAGGGCCCUUGGAGUACUGAUAGUUGCCACUGUAUUAAUGGCCUGCUGCGCUGACCUCUGCACGGAGAACAUCCAGCCCAUACUGACCCAUUCCUCGAUCUCCCUGUACUUCAUCAGUGUCACACUGUUGGCCAUGGUGCCAGAGCUUCCUGAGAUUGUCAACGGGAUCCUAUUUGCACUGCAGAACAACAUCAGCCUGAGCCUUGAAGUGGGCAGUUGCAUUGCUGUGCAGGUGUGCAUGAUUCAGAUUCCCCUGCUCAUUCUCUUCAACGCCUUCUACGAUGUUGGAUUUGUGCUCGUGUUCAGUGAUAUCCACCUCUGGGCCAGCAUCUUCAGUGUCAUUCUGGUCAAUUACAUCUUCAUGGAUGGAAAGUGCGACUACUUUCAGGGCACUGCUCUAGUGGUGGUCUACCUCAUCCUUUUGGCUCUUUACUUCUUCGCUCCUUCUCCACGCUCUUGUUGAUUCUCCAACAUUUCCAGUGGGUUCAGCGACUCAAAAGAUGGAAAAAGAUUUGGAUUGAGUUUUGAAAUUGCCCAGUAAAGCUGUGAGUGAAUAGCUGUGCUCUAUUUGUCAAUAUAUGAUAUUGAAAUUAUGUUUUGGGUGCUGGAACAGGUUCUUGGGGGAAAAAAAGAAAGUAUUUUGCUGUUGCAAUUAAAUGUAAAUUUGUAGUAAUUAUUUUCACAUCUGAUAUGAUAUAUGUGGUUUAUAAAG